GGUUUCUAGAUGCGGCAACCACUGAACCAGUCAUCUAAGAUUCUAGAUCUAGAUCUAAGAAUAAAAAUAAAGAAUAAUAAUAGAUUCUAAUCCUAGAUAGAUCUAGAUCUCAGUCUAGAUUUAGAUCUUAGCCAAAAUAGAAUCAGCGAUCUUUGAAUCAGCUUGUUGACUUUAAAAUCAUUCUGUAUAAAUAAAUAUAGAAAUACUGUAAAAUGUUUGACAUUAUUGUUCUAACAGAAGGUUACACCCAGCUGGACUCACAAGGAACUGUUAGAUCAUGUAGCACCAUCACACUACUAAAAGGUCCCCACCGCAACAUUAUUGUUAAUACUGGGAACCCUUGGGGAAAGGGACUUACUUCUCAAAGAAUCUGUGUAUGCUCUGCAGCUUUGAGUGACCAGGGUUUGAAACCUGAAGACAUCCACUAUGUUAUUUGCUUAAAUGGACACAUAGAACAGAUUGGCAACCUCAACCUCUUCUCUGGAGCUGUCCAUUGUGUAGGCUAUGAUAUUUGUCAACAUGAUCAGUACUUACUGCAUGAGUUGAAAGAGGUCUUAUUUGUUCUUCCUGCAGGGGAUGCCCUUCAACAUAGAUGAGGAUGUAGAAAUAGGGCCAACACCUGG